CCUUCGUGAGCGGUUCCUGACCUGGCUUCUUCCUGCACAAUGUCGGAAGAAAAAGUCGUCGACCGCAAAGAUCACGACUCGAUCUCUGAUUCCUAUUCCAAGGAAGGCGUACAAGUCAAACAUAUCGACAAUGCCAGCCAAAACGUCAACGUCAAGCUGGCCAACCCCUUGUCAGGGAUCCCACAUGACCAACUGAUGGCAGAUGCUGCUCAAUUUGCGGAGGAUCGCGGGCUUGGCCACCUUACGGAGGUCUUCAAGAAAGGUGCUCUCGUCGCGCAAGACCCUAUUGCCUUUGAGACUCCUCCUAUGCUUGACGAUGCCGACCGAAACAUUCUACGGCGCGAGUUGACCCAUCGCUGGGACCAGCCAUGGCAAUUACUAUCUUGUAAUUCUAUGUUCUUUAGCGGCCGCCGUCCAGGGUUUAUUAAUGGUGCCAAUAUCUUCUUCGCCUCACAAUUCGGUAUCGACCCAAAUUCACAAGACGGCAAUGCUGGUCGUAAUCAAUGGCUCUUUGGUCUCGUGAACUCUGCUCCCUAUCUUUGUUGCGGCAUGAUUUCGUGUUGGUUGACCGCUCCGCUCAACGUCUAUCUCGGUCGUCGAGGAACUAUCUUCCUCACCGCAUUCAUAUCUUUUGCCAGUUGUAUCUGGCAGGGCGUCACAAACUCAUGGCAACAUCUUUUCGUCGCUCGCUUUGUCCUUGGUUUUGGUAUAGGCCCUAAAUCAAGUACUGUCCCUGUGUACGCAGCCGAAUGCGCCCCUGCGGUCAUUCGUGGUGCUCUAGUCAUGAUGUGGCAGAUGUGGACUGCAUUCGGUAUUAUGAUCGGUGAUGUGGUGGACUUGGCAUUCUUCAAAGUCCCGGACAAACCUGGCAUCACAGGGCUAAACUGGCGUCUCAUGUUGGGCUCUGCUGGUGUUCCCGCUGUCAUCGUGAUGAGCCAGGUCUACUUCAGCCCUGAGUCUCCUCGUUGGCUGAUGUCGAAGGGUCGCUACGACAAGGCAUACGAGUCCCUCCUCCGCCUUCGUCAUGCACCCAUUCAGGCUGCCCGUGACCUUUACUACAUCCACACCCUCCUCGAAGCCGAGAAAGAGAUUACCACAGGUCGAAACCUCCUCUUCGAACUCUUCACGGUCGCUCGAAACCGUCGCGCUGCUCUCGCCUCCGUGAUCGUCAUGUUCCUGCAACAAUUCUGCGGCGUCAACGUCAUUGCCUACUACUCUACCAACGUCUUUACCGAUGCCAACUUCACCGAGAUCCAAGCCCUUCUGGCUUCUUGGGGUUUUGGUAUGAUCAAUUGGUUGUUCGCGUUCCCCGCAGUGUACACCAUUGAUACGUUCGGACGGCGGAAUUUGCUGUUAACGUCAUUCCCGUUGAUGGCUAUCUUCUUGCUUAUGACCGGUUUUGCCUUUUGGAUACCGGAAGGGAAGGGCAGGUUAGCAGUUGUCAGUUUGGGCAUUUAUUUGUUCGGAAUGGCGUACUCGCCUGGUGAAGGUCCUGUGCCAUCCACUUACUCGGCAGAAGCUUAACCUUUGUACGUUCGUGACGUUGGCAUGUCAUUAUCAACUUCAGUGCUCUGGUUCUUCAACUUCGUCAUCGCCCUUACCUUCCCCCGACUUCUUAGUGCCUUCGGGCCCCAAGGAGCUUUUCGUUGGUACGCAGGCUGGAAUAUUCUUGGGUUCUUCUUGGUCCUCCUCUUCGUACCUGAGACCAAAGCACUCUCGCUCGAAGAGCUCGAUCAUGUGUUCUCUGUACCAACACGCACUCAUGCUGCAUAUCAAGUCAAGGCAUUGGGACGGAACAUCAAGAAGUAUAUCUUUAGGAUGAAGGUGAAGGACGUACCCCCGCUAUACCAGCAUGAAGGUGGUAUCGGCGAGAAGACGUAUGCGCCUGCUGCGGCUGGUCAUUCGUCCGCAGGGCCUGCAGGGUCUAGCGACCCUCCCUUCCGUCACGAAAGCUACUAUGUAUAGCUUUCACCUCCUUGAUAGGCAUAGAAGACACUUCUUAGGCUAACAUGGAUGUACAACUUGAACUUAUAAGCAUUCUUGCAUGCAUCAAGGAGUCCCUGAUGUAUCGUAGUAAUUGCGAGGCUGUAUAAUAGUGCGACCUAGUUUAUUCUUUGAAUCAAGUCUGUUUGCCUGGCGAAAUUUGUAUCUUCAGUCGU